AUGUCUUGGUCUUUGAAGAAGAUUUGGCAGCAAAGGGAGACACUGAGUAGCUCUGGUGAUUUGCAGAAGUUUGUAACUGCAGGAAAAUUUAAGAUUCAGAGAAUGUAUAAUCAUUUGAGACAGCAAGGGGAAUCUGUGGGGUGGAAGAGAAUUGUUUGCAACAGUCAUGCUAGCCCUAAAAGUGUCUUUAUUGUGUGGCUGACCCUGGAGGAUAGACUUGCAACUAAAGAAAGACUGAGAAGAUGGAAUGUUAUAGCAGAUAGUGUGUGUUGCCUUUGUCACAACUCAAAUGAAAGUAGGGAUCACCUUUUCUUUGCCUGCAGUUUUUCUGCUGACAUUUGGAAUCAGGUCCUGCAGAGAAGUGGCAUACAUAGAACUGUUGGAUCUUGGAAUGAUGAAGUGCAGUGGGUGGAGAAAGCAAGCAGGAGUACUAGAAGUAAAGCUAGAAUGUGUAAUAGUUUGUUUUGUGAAACUGUGUACUCUAUCUGGCUAGCUAUGAACUCUAAAGUCUUUUCUAACCAGUUAGACAGUAGCUUAAGUAUUGUAAACAGAAUUCUGUUUAGGGUAGCUUGUAAUAGCUAG